ACUUCCUCCCUGAACUGCAGCACAAGGCCUACACCUACAUCUCUGACAACUUUGAGGAGGUUAUGUCCUGUGAAGAGUUCUUGCAGCUCUCUGUGCAAGAACUCAGUGACAUCCUUGGCAGAGAUGACCUCAAUGUCAGAAAGGAGAGCACUGUGUAUGAUGCCGUCCUUCGAUGGAUUGCUCACAUACCCAAACAACGAGAACAGCACAUCUCAGUGCUUUUGUCUAAGGUGCGGCUGACCCUGACAAGUGAACAGUACAUCAGGAACAAUGUCAUCUCCCAUCCGUUGGUGAAAGACAACAGUGAAUGCUUGCAAAUAGCUAGCAAUUCCAUCGCAAUCAUAGGUCACUUCCUCAGACACAGACGCUCGCUAGUUGGGGUCUGUAACCAACUUGUGCGUCACCGCCUGCCUAAGGUCAUCCUGCUGGCCAUUGGAGGAUGGAGCGAUGAUAAUUCAACUAAUGGCAUUGAGGCCUACGACAUUCGUGCUAAUUGCUGGAUCAAUGUUGAGAAUGGUCUGGGGUGUCCCCGUGCCUAUCAUGGUGCAGUCUUCCUCAAUGGUCACGUCUACUGUGUCGGUGGCUAUAAUGGAGGAGUGUUUUACAACAACUUGGACAGGUUUGACCUGAGCACACGCACCUGGCAUGAGCUGACACCCAUGCACCGCCGCCGCUGCAAUGUGAGUGUAACCGUGCUGAAUGGGUGCAUCUAUGCCAUGGGAGGCAAGGAUAGAGAUGUCCGACUCAGUAGUGCAGAGCGUUACAGGCCAGAGAUCAAUCAGUGGAGUCGUAUUGCACCCAUGAAUGAACCGAGGAGCUGCGCCGGCUGCGCCACACUCCACAACAAGGUUUACAUAUGUGGUGGUUGCGAUGGCAUUGACCGCCUGCAAACAGCUGAAUGCUACAACCCAGAGACUGACCAGUGGACGGAGAUCGCCCCCAUGAGUGUCAGUCGUAGUGGAGUUGGAGUCAUUGCAUAUUCAGACCGUGUUUUUGCUGUUGGUGGCUUUGAUGGCAACACCUGUCUGCAGAGCGCUGAGGCCUACAACCCCCAGACCAAUACCUGGCACACAGUGUCCUCUAUGUUGACCCCCCGCAGCAAUUUUGGCCUUGAAGUGAUUGAGGACCGACUGUUUGUUGUCGGGGGCUAUGACGGCAACAUCCCCACCAAUUAUGUCGAGUUCUACGAUGCUGCACGGGACGAGUGGUCUGAGGCCUGUGACAUGGCGAUCGACCGCAACGCCCUGAGCUGCUGUGUGGUGUCUGGACUCUCCAACUUGACCAGUUACAUUAUCCCUCGUGACACCCUGCCACCUCUAACUUUGGAGGAUGAGUUAGAGGCCUCCUCCUAAUAUUGGAGAGAGCUCAGCACAGUCUUGCACAGUCUUUGCAAUAGAAUAAU